AUGACGGCCUCCGAAGAAUCUUAUUACCUGGGGUUUGAUCUAUCUACGCAACAACUGAAAUGUCUGGCCAUCAAUGGUUCUUUGAAGAUCGUUCACGCUGAAACUGUCGACUUUGACAGGGACUUUCCCCAGUACAAGACCAAGAAAGGUGUUUACAUCUCUGGCGAUGUAGUUGAAUGUCCUGUCGGUAUGUGGGUUGAAGCCAUCGAUUUAAUAUUUGAAAAGUUCACCAGAUCUUCGUUCGACCUCAGCAAGGUGAAGGCUAUCUCUGGUUCUUGCCAGCAGCACGGUUCUGUUUACUGGUCGAGCGCUGCUGAAGGUCUGUUGAGCUCUCUGGAUUCGGCCAAGGGUUCGUUAUUUGACCAGUUGGUCCCUGGAGCCUUCUCGAGGGAGACUGCGCCUAAUUGGCAAGAUCACAGUACUGGGAAGCAGUGCAAAGAGUUUGAAGAGGCGGUAGGUGGUCCGCAAAGCUUGGCCAAACUGACUGGUUCGAGAGCUCAUUUCAGAUUUACGGGCAGCCAGAUCCUCAAGAUAGCCGAGGAAGAACCGGAAGUCUACCAGAAAACUGAAGCCAUCUCCCUGGUGUCCAGCUUUGUUGCCUCUGUACUCAGCGGCUCGCUCACUGCCCUAGAGGAGGCAGAUGCCUGUGGGAUGAAUCUCUAUGAUGUAGCACAGAGGCAAUUUGACGAUAAGCUACUGGGAUUGAUCGAUCAGAAUAAGACCAAUAUUGAGAAAAAGCUGUUGGCUCCGUGCACCAAAUGUGACGAACCGGUUCGCUUGUCGUCGAUCUCUUCAUAUUUCGUUGCAAAAUAUGGCUUUGACGCAACUUGUUCGAUAUUCCCAUUUACCGGAGACAAUCUGGCCACGAUUUGCUCGCUGCCAUUGAAGGAGAAUGACGUGCUGGUCUCGCUGGGUACCAGUACCACCAUUCUUCUCGUCACAGACCAAUAUCACCCCUCUGCAGAUUACCACUUAUUCAUCCAUCCAACGAUUCCCAAGAGCUACAUGGGGAUGAUCUGCUACUGCAACGGCUCGCUAGCUCGCGAGGAGAUACGGAACCAGCUGAAUGGAGAGGGUGAAACGGGCGACUGGACGCGUUUCAACGAAGCUGUGAGUGAUGACAAUCUUGCAAACGAAGAUGAGAUUGGCGUCUACUUUCCAUUAGGUGAAAUUGUCCCCAGCGUGGAUGCGACAUACAAGAGAGCCAAGUUCGAUGUCAAGUCUGGCGAGAUCAAGACGUUCGUUGACUCUUAUGCUAAUUUAAGGCACGAUGCCAAAAACAUCGUAGAAUCGCAGGCACUAAGCUGCCGAGUGCGCAUAUCACCGCUUCUUUCCUCAACCGUUAGCUCUUUGAACAACAAGAACAAGGGCGUCAAAGUCAAAUUCGAUUACGAUACGUUCCCUUUAAACGAGUAUCUCACCAAGAGACCUAGGAAGGCUUUCUUUGUCGGUGGUGCUUCCAAGAACAAUGCCAUAGUCAAGAAAUUCGCCCAAGUGCUGGGAGCGACAGAGGGAAACUACAGACUAGAGACCCCAAAUUCCUGCGCUCUAGGCGGGUGCUACAAAGCAUUGUGGUCAGAUCUGUUCUAUUCAAAACAGACACAGCUGCGCUACGACCAAUUUCUUGACCACAAGUUCCCAUGGCACGAUCUCGAAUACGUGUGCGACUCGGACGACAAGGCAUGGCAGGCUUACAACAACAAGAUUGUGCCAUUGAGCAGACUGGAAGCUUCUCUGUAA